CGAUUGACGAGUACAAGCCCCUGGAUGCCACCACCAACCCCUCUCUGAUCCUAGCUGCUGCUCAGAUGCCAGCUUACCAGGAACUUGUGGAUGAUGCCGUUGCCUAUGGGAAGAAACUUGGCGGGUCAGAAGAGGAGCAGAUCAAAAAUGCUUCUGACAAACUUUUUGUAUUAUUUGGAGCUGAAAUACUGAAGAGGAUACCUGGCCGUGUGUCCACAGAAGUAGAUGCAAGGUUGUCCUUUGAUAAGGAAGGAAUGAUUCAACGGGCCAGGCGCCUCAUUGACCUUUAUAAGGAAGCAGGAAUUGGUAAAGAUCGUAUUCUCAUAAAGCUCUCUUCAACAUGGGAAGGAAUCCAGGCUGGCAAGGUUCUGGAAGCAGAGUACGGGAUUCACUGCAACAUGACCUUGCUGUUCUCCUUUGCUCAGGCAGUUGCCUGUGCUGAAGCUGGAGUUACUCUGAUUUCCCCAUUCGUAGGACGUAUCCUGGAUUGGUACGUUGCAAACGGGGAGAAGAAAACCUUCGAGCCUUCAGAGGAUCCAGGAGUGAAGAGUGUCACUAAGAUCUACAACUACUACAAAAAGUUUGGCUACAAAACUAUCGUGAUGGGUGCUUCGUUUCGAAAUACAGGAGAAAUAAAAGCGCUCACAGGCUGUGACUAUCUCACUAUUUCACCCAAACUUUUGGCAGAGCUCAGCAAAGAGUACGUCAAGUUAACUCCCACGCUCAGUGUCAAAGAGGCUCAGGCGUGCGCGCUGGAGAAGAUCCACCUGGAUGAGAAGGCAUUCCGCUGGCACCACAACGAAGACCAAAUGGCUGUGGAGAAAUUAUCUGAUGGCAUCAGAAAAUUUGCAGCAGACGCAGUUAAGCUGGAGAGGAUGUUAAAGGAGCGGAUGUUUAGUGCUGAAAACGGAAAGUAGAAAACUCCUGAUGUUCCCGAGUGGUCAAGGCUGAAUGAGUGGAUCACCUGAGGUUAAACGGAUGUACAGAUGUCCUACCUGUAAAAGUCUUAUGCUAUUGUAUGGAUAGAUUUCUGUAUCAUGCUUUUUUUAUCAAUUUGCAAAGGGACAAUUAGAAUUUCAAGUUUUUGUGGCACUUUUGUCAAUACAUGCAAAUUAACAC